AACAAUACACACCAAACUGAGCAUGUGCAGAGUGUCUCCACAUGAUAUGUCUUAUCAGGAGAUAAGAGGGGGCAGUUGAAGAAGAAGAGGAGGAUCAGAGCUUUCAGAAUCAAACAGCAUUUUUACACAAUGCAGAGGAUUAACCCCUUAGGUUCCACAGUGAGUAUAUCAAGCAUGCUUUACUGCCAGGGGCGGACUGACAACUCAUGGGGCCUCCGGGCAAUAGGGAAUCAUGGGGCCCCUGUGUCCUUGCCCAAACUCAAAAAAGCCUAU